AUGCGAAAGUUUGGAUUCGGGGAACGGUUUAUUGACAUGGUGUGGCGCCUGGUGUCCAAUGUUUGGUUUUCAGUCCUUAUCAAUGGCUCGUCCUAUGGCUUCUUUAAAUCCAGUAGGGGUUUGCGUCAAGGAGACACCCUAUCUCCUGUGCUGUUUGUAAUUGGGGCUGAGGUGCUGUCACGGGGCCUUAAUAGCCUAGUUACACAGCCUAGAUUUCGGGGUUUCACAGUUCCAAGGAGGUGUGUGCAGGUUACUCAUCUAGCGUUCGCAGAUGAUGUGAUAAUCUUUGCCAAUGGAUCCUCGGAAGCUUUAAAGCUAAUUAUGCGUAUUUUAGCCGGAUAUCAAGGAGCUUCCGGGCAGCUAAUUAAUGCCCAGAAGUGUGGAUAUCUCAUGCAUCCAUCCACGUCACCAGCUCGCCGAAGGGUGGUUAAGCGUUUGACUGGCUUUUCGAGACAGUACUUCCCCAUUCUAUAUCUAGGGUUCCCUUUGUAUUUUGGCAGAGGCAAGGCCACGCAUUAUGGGGAAGUGUGUCAGGCCAUACUGGGACGAGUCCUAUCCUGGAAGUCAAAGUUCAUCCCCCCCAGGGGGGAGGAUAGUCCUCAUCAAGCACGUGUUGUCAUCGAUCCCAAUCCAUCUCUUGUCUGCCGCUGUGAUGCCAAAAUCAAUAUCCAAAGUCAUCGAGAAGGCCUGUUCGGAUUUUUUAUGGGGAGCGAAUGGCGGGGAAUCCAAACGGCAUUGGAUCCGUUGGUCUCAAUUGUGCUAUCCUGUCGAAGAAUGAGGAGUUGGCUUCCGAAGGCUUAG